UUUAGGGAGUUGCUUAUAUAAUAAAAAGCAACAUGUCUAAGACUUUUAUGCUCCCGAUAUUUGGUUCUUCUCCAUCUUGUUCUCUAAAGCAAAGACUAGAAGAUAGAAGAGCUCGUUUAAAUGCUUUAAAAGCGGAAUUAAAUAAGAAAACUGAAAAACCUGAAGAUUUUAUAACGUACGAAGACAGUGAUAGUGAUGAAGAACCCUUGUCUGUUCAGAAAAAUAUUUUAAGCACCUCAUAUAAUUUUGUUGAUUAUGUUCGGAAUAGGGAAAUUCAGUAUUCAAAAUUGAGUACUGUAACUCAAGAUUAUGGCAGUAGACAUAUGUUAACGCAUGAAAUGUUCAAAGAGACUCCAAUUAGUUUAGGUAAUAUGAAUAAAGUGUUUUGUUCAAAGUGGUUAAGUGACAGACAAGUUGUUUUUGGAACUAAGUGUAAUAAGUUAAUGGUAUAUGAUGUAGUCACUCACAAAAUAGAUCAAAUACCAUCAUUACUCAGUAGAAGAGAUCUGUUAGGAAAUGACCAACCGCAAAGUGGAAUCCAUUCAGUACAAAUUAAUCCUUCAAGGACUUUACUAGCAACAGGGGCUCGAAAUACUUGUGAUAUUGCCAUUUAUAGGCUACCCACCUUAGAUCCUGUUUGUGUUGGAGAGAAUGCUCAUAAAGACUGGGUUUUUGAUUUGUGUUGGCUAGAUGAUGAGUUUCUAGUAUCUGGCUCUAGGGAUACCAAAAUGGCUUUGUGGCGGAUAACUCCAGAAGUACAAGAAACUGCAGAGGAGGUACCUAGGCACAAGUAUAUACAAGCAAUAUCAGUGAAGGACUGUAGGGGUGCUCAAAAAGUACGAGCAAUCACUUUUAAUAAAAAAUAUGACGAAGUAGCAGCUUUAAGCUUGAACGGAUUUAUCCAUAUUUGGAAUGCGGAGACCUUUAAACAAAAGUUAUCUAGAAAAUUACCUUCCGCCCAAGAAAAUGUCUGCUUAGCUGUUCAAGAUACAGGACUUUAUGCUAUAGGAUGCAGAUCAUAUACUCUUCUUCUGGACUGUAGAACUUUACAGGCUGUCAAGAAGGUAAAUUCGAGAUAUUCCGGAUGUGGAAUCAGAUCAGCAAGCUUCCAAGGUGAUGUCCUCACAGUUGGUACUGGUUUGGGUAUGCUAAUGUUCUACGAUCUCAAAGCUGGCAAAUAUCUCGACUCUAGCAUUAAUUCUUCUAGGACCGUAGUACUGAAAGCUAGUAAAGGCUAUGUGUUUCCUGAUGAAGAAUUUGUCGACAAUGUCCAAAACGUUAAAUAUGUACCCGCCAUCUACACACACUGUUACGACAACAGUGGGACACGACUAUUUACCGCAGGAGGGCCUUUACCAGCAACGUUAACAGGAAAUUAUGCCGGAAUAUGGCAAUAGAAGAUUUAUUUUUUAAUUAGGAUAUGUAUAUAAUGAAUAUAAUUUGUAUCAUAAUUGGCAACUAACGCCUCCGUAGGGCGUUAGACGUUAGAAUUUGAAGAGGUCUACAAUCUCUAAUCUAACGUCGAAAAAUGACGUGACGACGCUAUUUUUGUUUUAAAGAAGAUUUA